UACGACAGUGAAAGUGACGCCAUACGUGUUUCUUAAUAUUUCAAAAUUGUUAAAAAAACAAGACAUCGUAACAUCGUCAAAUUAAUUUGUACUUUGAGCUGUGACUCACUCAUUAUUGAUAUCUUAAUGUGUUAGUUAUCAUUUACGAUAGUGUGAUUCGUGUUUCACUUGUUUAUUAAUAACCUCAAAUUCCGUUCUUUCCAUUAACAAUGGGAAACGCAGCGUCUUCAGCUUCUGCCUCCUCAGAAUGGUCCUCGACUUACUCCCAAAUCAAAAGUAAACAUGACGCCGCUUACAACGUAAUCCAAAAUGCUAUUACACUGGAAGAGCAAGAAAGGCCAGCUGAGGCAAUCGAACGCUACAAAGAAGGUAUCGCUUUAAUUGACAGCGCUCUCGCCAUCCAAGUUACAUGUCCAGAAAACCCAGACCUGACCUGGGAGAAAGCGGUAGUAAUGAUACAAAAAAUGAAAAAGACCAGAGGAGAAAUAAUGUCCAGAAUAACGUCCAUUCAGUGUUCGAAUGAUCACUUUGACCACAGAGAGCAGCCUCCAUCUUACGAGGAAGCUAUGGCUAGUACACCCACAGAAACGCCUCAGACAUACAGUGAUUUGGCAACUGCUUUAAAUCAGAUGACUGUGAGCAGUGUCAAUACGGAUACUGCUAUGGAGGCAGAGGUGGUGUAUAUGUAUGAAAAUGUUAAAUUAUACUUUGUUUCUGCCAGUGGGGAGGUGUCUUCGACUUUGGUGCCACAAACGUUGAAAAUUAUAUUGGUUGAAAGUAUGUGGUUGUGGUUGUUUGUUUUUCAGGUUUUAAUGAAUUUGUUUGUAGAUGAGGGUGAGAAUGUUCCAAGGGCGAUUUUGCAAAUUGGGGAUUGGGUGUACCCGCUUAUACCAGGAGUCUCGCCUUGUUAUAGAUCGGAUUAUGGGGCUUUUAUUUUACCUAAUAUCUAUGCAGAAACGCCAGGUUCGUCCAUUGGUAUCAUCCUUCCACCCGACGCAGACGCCGACGCUUACGACAUCCUCGAAAGCGUCCUUUAUGGCAUCGUCGGUGAAGGAAAACCAGCAGCAGCACCACCCAAAGAACUGAGCGAGAAAAUUUCCAGCGGGAUCGUCACAGGAGCGUCAUACCUAUCUCGAGGUCUGAUAUUCGGCGCAGAAAAAGUAGGAAACUUAAUAAAUCAAAACACCCCGAAACUCAUGAAUCGGAUGAGUAGCGCCGAGCAGCCCACCGAAAUUCCAAACAAAGUAGUCAAAGGCAUGCAGAUCGCGGAAACUGCUACCAACAAAGCAGCCAAAGUGACCGGAUACGUUGCUGAACAAGUUGGCGUUGCUACAGUGAAACUAGGGCACUUUUUGGCCCCCCAUAUCCAGAAACAAGGUACCCGACUUCUCACUUCUGGAUUUAAGAUGUCGCAAGAGGACGCUAGUGCUAAGAUGAAGGGAGUUAUGACUGUGGCAGCCGGUGCUGUAGAAGGGUUUUCAACUGUGUAUUGUGGCUUGGAACACUCUGCCCAGAUCCUGGGUCAGAGUCUGAAGGAAAACACAGUGAAAGUUGUCCAGCACAAGUAUGGACAUCCAGCUGGAGAGUUCGCUGGUGAUACCAUAAGUACCAUGGGUCACGUCAUGCACAUCAGUCACAACGCGAAAAUCAUACAACCCAAGUAUUUGGCGAAACGGUCCGUGAAAGAGGCAGGCAAAGCCAUGAUUAAUAAGUAUAAAGUGAAGGGCGAGGGUGAGCCCAGCACGUCUUACGACGCGGAGAAGUCAGAAAAGAGCUACAACGGUGACUUGGAGAAACAUGACAAGUCUUAAUUUUAUUGUUUUUAUAUGUAAUAGUUGUUAAACUCAUAAAUCUUGCAUAAACCAUGGUAUCUGUGAUAAUUAAAUAUAUAUUAGGUGGGUGCUAAACGUGAAAAUAAAAUAUUUUUUCCUUG